AUGUUCAUUGUGUUGAGCCUGGAGAAUGCGAAUGCUCGACUGAACAUUGCGUGGUUGCUGGUCAUCACGCUCUCGAUCUGGAGCACAAUCGUCCUUGACCCCGGGUCCUCGAGCAGGGGCUCUCCAUUUCUUGAGAGAGCCUCACAUCACGUCCUCAUGGGCGCAUGGCUCGUGGCCAUGAUACUGCUAUCGUUUCAUAGGUCGCUGUCCAUGGUGGUGCGGUAUGAGCUGGAAGCCCAUACUUCGAAGAAUGAGCUCGAGGCAGCGCGCUCGGUGCUGCGGGCCGUCUGCGACGUGACUGUGGAGCUCGAUGGGGCGUUCCAGCUUCAGGGCGAGAGCCCCCAGCUCGUGGACAUGCUGAUGCUGAACCCCAAGCGCCUUCUGCCAGGGGAGGACCUGAGGUCGUUCUUGGCGUCCGAAAAAGACCGCCAGAAGUUCUCCGAGCAGAUGGGCCAGGCGGGGCUGCCAGAGAACGACUUCGUGGGGCUGUGCGCGGCGUUCCACGUGUGCAUGAAGGAUGGCUCUGGCAUACCUCUCGAUGUCGAGAUGUUUGGCGUAGGCUUCGCGAACCGGAAGGGCGAGCCUGCGUACUUUGUCGGCAUCCGCGAGUUCACCGACACGAGCCCUCUGUUGAAGGACCGCGCAGCGGCUGGCCUCCACGCUGGCAGGCGCGGGCACGCUCAGAGCACCCCGGGCGCCCGCGAGGAGGGCGCCGGUCGGGAGGUGCUGGCGCAGGGCGGGGCAGAGAGCCCGCACGAGGCAGAUGCUGCAGAUGCUGCGGCCUGGAUAGACACCCGCACCGCGGGGUACGGCGUGAGGCACGCCACUCCCUUGUUCACGCGCCACGUGGACACAAACGGCCUGUUCCUGAGUGCGCUCGACCAGUCCCAGCGCUUCGACUUCAUAUCCUGGGUGCAGCAGGCCUACCCCGCCCUCGUGGCCGGCUCGAGCUCCGCUCGCGAAGAGUACCACGAGCGGCUGCACCUCCGGCGCCCUCCGCUGGCCGCCGCCGGCGCGGCGCCGCCGCGGCGGGCGACGACCUCGGCCCUCGUGCAGCUCGACCUGACCCCGCCCCCGAGCGAGCAGAGCUGCGGCGACGGGCUCGCGCGCCUCGUCCUCUGGGACCUCCGGGGCGCCAGGGGUGCCCCCCGGGAGCUCGCCGGGGGGCCGGCCGGGAGGCCCCCACGGGCGCGCGUGCUCGGCGCCGAGCGGGAGGCGGGGGGCCCUGCGCCGGAGGUGGUGGGCCGGGAGCGGCUCGGGUCGCAGGUCGGCGUCGGGCACACCUCCGUUGGUGGCGCCUAG